UUUGACAGAAAAAUUUUGGUUGGACAAUUUUACUUAAUUAACUUUGACUUGUUUAUAUGGUUUAACAUUUUCAACAUUGUUGUAAAACUUUAAUACACUUGAAAUGUUAACACGAAGAAGAAAAUGUACAUAAUAAAGAUAAACUAAAUUGGCGUCCAUGUGAAAAUGUUUGCAAACAUCUCGAGUUUGUAUUUUCAUAAAUCAAAUUGAAAAUAUACUAGUACGAAUUUAAAGGAGUAGUUAUUGGGACUAUAGACAUAUGCAUUUGAUGUAUAAAAACGUUUAGUGUGAAAACACUAACCAAUUUAUAAAUAAUGUGAUAGUGUUAGUGAAUAUAGGUUAUAAGUUAUAAAAAUGGGUACUCAGACAGUGACAGAGACCGAAUUUAAUGUGUUACAGUUUGAGAAACAGUUGACUUCUCUAAAGGACUCACAGGAUAGUAUAAAUACUUGUUGUCAGUGGUGUUUACAAAAUAGGACACACCACAAAAAGAUAGUGACUGCCUGGCUUAAUGUGUUAAAGCGAGUUAAAGUAGAACAGAGAUUGAUUUUGUUUUAUUUAGCAAAUGAUGUUGUACAAUAUUCUAAGAGAAGGAAUUAUGAAUAUGUGGAGAGUUGGGGAACAGCUCUACAAAAAGCAACUACAAUGGUUCGGGACGACAGAGUCAAACACAAAAUUCUUAGAAUAUUUAAAAUUUGGGAACAGCGAGGUGUAUAUAACGAGGAAUUUAUAUCAGAUUUAUGUGGACUUUUGAGCGUGGUACCUAGUGGAUCCAAAAGCGACGAACCUCAUGAAUUUCAGCCUAAUUAUGUGAUACAUAAAAUAAAAAUUUGUGCAAAAUUAGACAGGGAUACAGAUGCUAAGUUGAAGGUAUUGAAGGAACACAAUCCAAAAAUUCAAAUAGAUGAUGGUCUUAUAGCUUCUUUGAAAGAUCGUGCACACGUAGAUGAUGUAGAAAAGGAAAUCGAUGUCUACGCUAAGCAUAUGGAGGACUACAUCAAUGCUUUAAAGUUAGAAAUAAAGAAUAGAAUAACCCUGAUAAGCGUCUUGAAACAGGCGGAGAAUCAGCUAGAAGCUGAUCGAAAAGACGUCAAAUUAGUCGCUAAUGCCUAUAAAAUGUUCGGCACCAGGGUAAAAACGUUUCAGAAGAAGUUAGAGGAGCAUAAAACAACGUUAAGUAGUCCAUUACCUUCUCCAGACAUCAACGCUCCUUCUCCUAGUCCCGAUUCUGAUAUUGAAUUACCUGGAGAAACUGAAGGCAAAGUUCCUUCAGCAAUAGAUGUUUCUGUAAGUGGUGCCUCUGAUUACAAUCCAAAAAAAGAAUUGCAGUAUUCAAAUCCCGGGUAUUAUAAUCCGGUAACCACAGCAGGAUCAAAUUCUACAAGCAGCUUUAUCAGUAACGGAUUUUCUAGUUUCAUCGGUUCUGAUAUGUCUUUUAAUUUAGAGAAUCUGGGCAGCAAUGUAUUCAAUACAAACGAGAUCCAAAAUCAAUCUGACAAUAUGUUGGCAACGAUAAAUAAUUUCAGCACGACGUCGGCUCCAGUAGUGCAGGACCCGCCUUUACCCGUGGAGGCUCCGACGGUAACCACCAUACAAACAUCAAAUUAUUCGUAUACUUCUUCGCAUCUUCCUCUUUUACCACCUCCUAUGCCUCCAUUCAGCAAAUCGGAAAUGGAUUAUGGGAAUAAUAAUUACAAUCCUGCAUACACUAUUGCAGCUUCGACUAGUUAUGACAAUACAUUCACAUCAACUUCAACUUACGAAACCAGUACAGCGGGAUACAAUACAACGCAAAACGCAAACUUGUCAACUUUUCUAGAGGAGUCAUUCGAACCGCCCGCUGGUGCCAAUCCUUACCCUCCCAGCGAAGAAUACAAUCCCGAAGAGGAUUUGUCCACUUGGGAGCCUGACGCGUCAUGGAAUCCAGUUCAGGAGACUGACACGCCAGAGAGUCCUCCCACAUUUGAGAAGGAGGGCUAUCGUGAUCCCGUGGAAUAUCACGAUAACUUGGAACCGAGUGGAGCGGUUGAUGUAGAUCACCGGGUGUUGCCCGGGCUUGAAGGUAGUCUCGGAGGCAAGGAUGUCGACCACAGAAAUUUAAUAAGUUUGACUGGUUCUCCUGGAAACUCUAAUUCAAAUAAUCCAGCUGACACACUCUGGAGCCAAACAGACCAGGACUAUCGCAUUACGCCUUCUGGGAAUCCUCAAGCGAAUGCCGAUCAAGAUUACCGGCUCAAUUUUAACAUUGAACAACUGAAACUACCACCACCACCUCCUCCUCCACCGAAACCGCUAGAUGACAGUGCUAAUGUGGUUCUCAAUCAUCCUCCAAAUUCCGAUUUUCCAAAACAUUCGCCUUCGCAACAGUCUCUAGCAAAGAGCCCCAGGAAAAUUGAUAACGUAGAGAGUAUAGACAUGGACCUCAGUGACGAUGACAUUGAGAACAAAUUACAUCAAACAAAACAGAAUGAUAAUCUCAAAGUGAUUGUUGACAAUUCAGUGGAAGAGCUGCAGUUUUCUCUAGAACCGCCGCCUCCCUUACCUGAUCUGCCCGAUGAUGUAGACGCGAAUAAUUUUCUCGAUGAUCUCAGCAAUGAACUGCACGAGUUUAGUAAUCUGUCGGACGAAUUGAGCAACUCGAAUUCUGCCAUGCAGGAUAACAGCAUGUGGAAUCAGCAACCGUUAGUUCCACCACCAAUGAUGAAUUUUGGCGAUAUGAUUAGUCCCCAACUAACUCCAAUGAACCUCCCUACUUUAAAUCCCCCAAUGAAUCCUCCCCCACUAAAUUCCCCUAUGCAUCCUCCUCCCUUAAAUUCCCCAAUGAAUCCUCCUCCCUUAAAUCCCCCAAUGAAUGUCCCUCCUUUAAAUUCGCAAAUGAAUCCUCUACUAAACCCACCAAUGAAUCCCUCCAUGAAUCCCAUGGCUCCAAUGAACCCUCCCAUGCACCCCCCACCUAACACUUUAAUGCAUCCGCCUCCAAUGCCUCCUUUAUUGCCACCCCCUCAACUAACUUGCUGGAAUGAUGAUGAUAAAAAUCUUUGGAUGGAGGAUGGUCCUGAAGAAGAAGAAGGAAACAAUGAAAUGAAUCUUGAUUGGUCACAAAACAAUUGGGUAGCUCCUCCUCCCAAUAACGCCAAUUUUGGUUUUCGGGGCAGAGGACAUAACAGAGGAAAUCCAUACAAUUCCCACUUCAAUAAAUCACCUAGGGAGAGAGGUAGAGGUAGAGGUGGGUACAAUAGAGGCGGUACAUUCAAUUCCGGAGGAAAUAUGUUCAGGGGUGGUCGAGGUACUCCCAGGGGGAAUAGAGGCCAUAGAGCGAGAGGUAAUUUCUGGGGAAACUUCAGGGGCGGAUUUUGAUACCUAUAUAUUUUCUGUUGACUAUACAUUUGGACUUGCGAGAUAUUAUUUUCUAAUUUAUAUAGAGGUAAGCCGUGAAGGGUAACUUGGAGUAUCUUGUUCAAAGUGUUUUUGUUAUGGUACAUGUGUAAGGAUAAGAUGAACUUUGAUUUGAGAUUUAAUAAGUCUUUUGUAAUUUAUUGAUGGCUCGCAGAACUUGCAAGUUGCAUCGUUUCUUUAAGGAAUUAAGUGCUACCAAGAAAUUCGCAUUUAAAUGUACAGGCUGUUAGUAUGACUGCGACUGCUUUUGUUAAUAAUCGGUAGAAAUGGUCGAUAUUGCCCAAAGUAAUGUGCAAUUGAUUGGUUAGUACGGAAAAUUAGUGUUUUCUAGGUAGUUCUUCUUUCCAUUGAGUAAUUUAUAUAUUCAUUUAUCUCCAGAAGAGUGAGUUCCAUUUUCUGUCUUGGUUAUGAUUAUCACAUCAAUCAUUGUUCCUAAAAUUUUUUAGACUUCUUACAUUUCUCUGUCAAUUCCUGUCGAAGGAAUAUCCUCAUUCAUUCGUAUUAAUGUAAAAUACUAUAAUUAGUUUACCUUUUUCGUUAAUAUGAACCGUUGGUUAUACAGGGUAUAGCAGAAGU